CAGCGAAUGAAUACAAAAAAAAAGAGUAAGCAGCGGAUAACACAUGGAUGAGCCGCUGAAAAAAAGGUGAAUUAAAAAAAAGGCAGGGACCAAUGAUGAGCGUGAGUGGAGCACGGAAGGAUGAAGCUCAAUCUACAAAAAAAACCGGGUGUAUAUACACCGGAUGUACCAAUUUGCGCCACCCUACGGAAGAUCAUGAACAACUGGGUCCAGUUACUCCAGUAAUCUAACAAUAGCUUAAGCGAAUGUAAUCGAGGAACGACUUCUUUUUCUAUCUUCCUCUCUAAUCUUUCAGUCUUCCGUGACUUCUCUUGAAUUUCUUUUGAACAGCAGAGCGUACCAGCGAACGAUCAAGCGGCGGGAGUGAGGCAGGUGACUAACGGCAGUUCCGUUUUUCCCGGCGGCGGCCACCAGGCGCUUCGUCCAUAGUAUCUUGAAGCAGUACAGGUGAAGUUAGCUUCCUCAAUGGGAUAUUGUGUGAACCAUUUCGUGUCACUGAGUAUUAUAGCUGCAGCUCCUUUGCAACCUAGAAACACGUGUGCCUUUUUUUUUACCAAACCAUCUGGCAGAAAAACUUGCAGCAGUAAUGUUACCCGUAAAAUGAGGCAACCAUCAAUGGCUGAAGGAAUCUCUGCUUCUACUUACAAAAGAUUUGCUCGCUUUGCUUUGGAAGAAACCAGGAAACAAACCCAAUUGAGCCCUUCUCUGUUACAGGAUACAUUUGGUUGCUCGGUUGCUUAUCUGCCAUUGAGUCACCUUAGAUUAGACUGCUCCAGUAUUUAUCCAUUGAGGGGAGUGAUGGAGUGCAGGGUUGUCUACAAAAACAACAAGAAAGCAGUAUCUUUAACCUUUUCAUCACCAUCUUCGUUUUACCAAUAUUCUUCAGAACGCCCUGUAAUUUUCACUAAAUUCUCACCAAGUCCUGGGACUUCAACUUCCUUACUGAGGAAACCACUGUCAUGUUCCAAAUCUUCUUCUGAAGAAGCAGAGAUCUCUGGAAAGGAAGAAGGGUGGCUGCAGAGGCUGCCAGAGAAGCAGAAGGCUCUCUAUGCUCACAGCUUGCCCUGCAUAGAGGCCUGGCUUGGGAGUUUAGGGUUUUACCAGAGCAAAGAAGACAGAGCUGUUUGGUUUGUGGAAAAUCCUGAUUGGCACGCUCAGUUAUCUCUUGAUAUUACGGACCUAUACAUAAGGUACCUUAAGAGUGGACCGGGAGGGCUAGAGAAAGAUGUGGAGAGAAGAUUCAGCUAUGCACUCAGUAGGGAAGACAUUGAGAAUGCCAUCCUUGGUGGCCCAUAAGGAACACCUGUCUAGGCUUAAUACAAAAGGAAGAGAAAAGCAACAGUACCUCUCUAGGCACAUAUAUUGCAACAGAGAUGUUUACCUCCAACAUGUAGUGAAAAUUUUUUCUUACUGCCUGCCAUGCAUGCCCUGAUAAAUCAAUGGUGGGUAGUACCAACCUACCAAAAGUACUUAGGGGGCCGUAAACGGAUGGUGGACUACUCGUGUUUGGACUCGUUUAGCGUUUGUAUGUGACUUGUUUUAGAGCUUGAUUGUUAAGUGAACAAGGGUUGGACAAUGAGAAGCUCAUUUGAUUUAGGCUCAUGAACAACUCGAUCAAAGUGUGGUCAUGAACACAUUCUGUUGUAGUUCAUAUAAGGGUGUAGUGGUGUACACGAAAAGUUCUGAUAAGUGAUCAUAGUUUUGUAUCUUUCUUUAUAAACUGUGAGUCAUGGUUUACUUGUUUUAACGAUGUGAAAAUAAAGUUAAACGGACUCGUUUUCGAAUGAUGAACCUAUAGACAUGAGCACAUACGUAAUAUAAGUUUAAAGUUGACUUGGCUA